GUACAAAAACCUUUGUAAGUCAUCAUAAUACGUACCUUGAUCCUAUAUACUAAGACGGAGCGAGCAGACGUCGUCAUUACGGUACGUGUGAUGAUCCAAGUAAUUGCGCUGCUGCUGCUGCAGUAAGCAUGAGCUCCCUUGGAUCAUGCACCACACCCAUGGUCCAUGGAUGAACAAGAUUGCUUCCUUGGUGUGGGCACCACACAUGUUUGUUUAUCCGGUAAAAGCAGCAAGGCAGCCGCCUCCAAAAGCCGGAAGGAGGAGGAGGAAGACUGUGGCCAUGUCUGAUAGAUGAGAGAGCCCACUUGAGUUGAGUUCACUUCACUCUCCCAGUCCCUCCCAGUGACUAGUGAUACUGAUAGGCAGUGAGCGAGCGAGCGAGGACUUUGGCGUGCGUGCUUUCCGCGCGCAUCAAUCCUCACCUCACCUCGGCAGGGAGGGAGUGACAGACAGUGAAGGAGGAGGAGCACGCACAUGCCAACCACCAUCUCAUCAUAUUCAUUCGUUCGUUAACAAUCUCCUGCUGCUAUUAAAAGCCUUCCAUCCGAUUCUUCCAACCUUACCUUACCUUACCUUCCACACACUGACACGGCGACACGCAUGCACCCACCCACAGCCACAGGCCGCCGCCGCGACCUCCCCGGCGCCGCCGCCAGAGGAGGUGGGGAAUUCACCAGGCAGCACCCACCACCAGCGGGGCCGGGCCGCCUCUUCUUCAUGCCGCCGCCGGCGCCGGCGCCACCGGGGCACAACCACCGCCCACGACCACCGGAUCGCGACCGCCCCUUCUUCAUGCCGCCGCCCGCGCCACCAGGCCGCUCGCACAGCAACCAACCGUCGCCAGCGGACCCGCCCACCGCCAGCACCAGGCCUCCUCCUCCUCCGCCGCCGCCGCCACACCCACACGCGUACGCCAACUACGACCCCGCCGGCAGCGCCGCCGACGAGCUCCCCCGCCGUCCCCCUCACCCUCCGCCGCCGCCGCUCCCACCCCCACGCCGCCCGUCAACAUCCCCGUGCUCCUCCGCGCUAUCCUCCUGCCUCGUCGCGACGGCGUUCCUGCUUCUGUCAGCGGGCGUCGCAGGCACCGCGCUGUUCCUGCUCUACCGCCCUCGGCCCCCCGACAUCGCGGUGGCCGCCGUGCGCCUGCCGUCCUUCUCGGCGUCCAACGGCACCGUCGCCUUCACGUUCGAGCAGACGGCGGCGGUGCGCAACCCGAACCGGUCCCCGCUCGCGCACUUCGACAGCUCCCUCCGCGUCGCCUACGCGGGCGGGGAACUCGGCGCCGUCUACAUCCCCGCGGGCCUCAUCGAUGGUGGAACCACCAAGCACGUGUCCGCCGUCUUCGACGUACCCGCCAUCCCCGUCGCCGCCCAGCCGCCCAUGCUCGGGGGGGCCGUCGACGCAGCGUCCGCCGCUCAGUCACAGCAGCAGCCGCCGGCGGUCAUCGAGGUCCACUCGUUGCUCGUUGUCAAGGGCAGAGUCAACGUCCUCCGCGUCCUCACGCACCGUGUCCAGGCCGCCAAGCUCUGCCGCGUCGGCGUCUCGCCGCUCGACGGCACCGUGAUCGGCUUCCGCUGCUGAUUCUCUCAUCAGUAGCAUACUCCCCUAGUAGUAGAUAGCCAUAGCUGCUCUCUUCCCGCUGUUUUAGUUACGUUACGAUAUCCUCCUAUUCCUCAUUUCCUCCCUCGAUCGUCGGUGGUUUUGGAUUCUUGUUGCAUUUGUCUUCUUCUUCUUCUUCUUCAAGGAGAUGUGUACGGAAUUCCACGUUUCCUUUGCAAACAAGCAAACAAACUACUCGACUCGUAGUAGUAAUACUGGAUUUGUGUAGUACCGAUCCAAUUAACGAUAGUGUUGUCUUGAUUAA